CACCUUCUCAACUCUUUCGUUUUCUCUCUCGUCUUCUCUUCUCCUUUUCUCUCUGCAGUCGAAUUCAACGAAUGGAAACCCAAAUCCUCUUUCCUCUUUGAAAUCAUUUGGUUUAAUCUGCUUCUGCUCAUCGAUUGAUGACAAUAAACCCUAUCUGGAAGCCCAAGAGGAAAAGAAGACGAAGAGGAGAAGGGUAAGAUCGUCUCUGCUGCUAUUUCUCAGUCAAUUUCUAGCUGUUCCAAUGGAGGUUUUGGUGGGUCCCACCUUCAGCAUCGAGGUCUCUUCUCCUACGGCGUUUGUCGUUCCUUCUUCUCAGGAUAACCUACAUGGUUCGGCGGCGCCUUCACCUUGCAUCUUUUUGAAGCAGGACGACGAUGAUGGAGGGAGUGAGGGCUUGAUUUCAAGUAGGAUCCCGCCUGAGAAACCUUUGGAUUAUUCGUCGGAUAGUUCGUCGUCGAUUGGAGUUCCAGAUGAUAGCGAAGAAGAAAAAGACGAAGAAGAAGAAGGAGAGGAAGUCGACAGCUCUGUUUCGUUGAAAGGAGCUUUUGCUUGUUUGGAUUCUUUGGAAGAUUCUCUGCCAAUCAAGAGGGGAUUGUCGAAUCAUUUCUCAGGGAAGUCCAAGUCGUUUGGGAAUCUAUCAGAUAUGAGUUGUGUAAAUAGAGUGAAAGAUCUGGAGAAACCAGUGAAUCCAUUCAAUAAAAGAAGAAGAUUAAUAAUGGCAAACAAGUGGUCUAGGAAAUCUUCCUUCUACAAUUGGCCAAACCCAAAAUCUAUGCCUCUUCUUGCCUUGAAUGAGGAAGACGAAAAUGAUGCUACCGCUCUUACUGAAGAAGAAGAAGAAGAACAUCAACAAGCAAGCCCAUCAUCAUCAUCAUCAUUCUCAGAACAAGAAGGCCAAAAAGAUCACAUAAUCCCACUAAAACUCUCAAAACUGCAAGAGAGAAAGUUCAAGGCUAGUUUCAAAUCUCAAAGCUGUUUCUCUCUCACAGAUCUGCAAGAACAACACUACCAAUAACAUCUUUACCAAGAGCUUGAGCUUUGCUUCCAAGGGUAUUGAAUGAAUUAUUUUAAAAAAAAAAAGAAAAAAAAAAAGCAUCUUUGCUUCUGGUUUUUUUCUCUCUUUUGUUAUCCUACUAGAUGAAAGGGUUUUUUAUCUUAGAAAUAAAUAACCAUAUCUUCAAUCUUC